UAAAAACAUCAUAUUAUUCUCUAUUCUCAACAUAGAUUAUAAAGGAGAAAAGGGGGGAGAGGGUGGGUAUUGCUUCACACACACAAACACAAACACAAACACAAACACAACAGUGUCUGCUGCACCCUACAAUGGUUUCGCUACCAACAUGGUUUCGCUACUUUCACCACAAGGUCGGAUACUCCGUUUCCCUCGCCGUGAAGAUUUUGGCUUAGCUGGUGCUCAAAUUUCAAGUCUUUGGGCGGGACUUGGAUUGCUUCGAUCUCCAGUUGGAAGUCGACAGGCAGAGCAUAUUGCAGCACAAUAUAUAGAUGAGUUACACUCGAGAUCAUUUCUGGAGGAUUUUGAGGACUUUGGCCACAUUUACUAUUUCAAACUACAUGAUUUGGUGCAUGAUCUUGCUCUGUAUGAUGCAAAAGAGGAUCUUCUAGUGGUAAACUUGCGUACUUGCAAUAUACCUGAGCAAGCAAGGCAUUUAUCAGUUGUUGAAAAUGAUUCACUUAACCAUGCUUUGUUCCCCAGGUCCAGAAGUGUGAGAACUAUACUGUCAUGCCUUGAAUUUAAAUCACUCCCACAAACAUUCUAACAAAAUUAACAACUACCAUUAGGCGAUGAAAAAAGGGAUCAAUCAUAACCCAUCCUGCAAGCUAAGCAAAAGAAAGCAUAAUUCUUUCACUAAAAACUUCAAGAAAUAAGGUCCAAAACGACAAUAGAUUAAUGGCUUGUUUGUUUCCACGUGUAACUAAGAUUCCAAACGGCCAUUUAAGCAAAGUCGAUGCCUUCUUCGGCUUUUGGUAUUUGGUAAUCAUGCCUGAUGCCUCAAAGGCUCAAACCAUGUGCCUGCUGCUGCGAACAAAAUCAUUGAGAAAUUAACUAACAUGGGCUAAGACACUUUGUUUUCGAGCCAUCAUGAGCAAAGUUCAUAAGAAGGUUUCAGGUGUACAUUCUUAACCUAAAACCAUAAUGGAUAUUUCUUCCGACUUUAUGCUUGCACAUGCAUUAUAUGAAUGACCAUAAAAAAUCUCACAAACAAAUGAAUAAAGGAGAUAACCAAAAUACUACGACAAUGAUGUAAUCUCUCACUAGCCAGAUAGGUCAUUGGAUCACAUAAUAACCAAAUGCCACAAGAUAUCAUCCCGGGAAUAUAACUACAAAUUCAAAAAUUCUCCGAGGCAAAGAUAUCAUAAUUACUCUAAUAGUAUAAUGUUCCACAAACUCUCAACCUCAAGUACUUGGAAAAAUUAAAUUAGAGUGUGACAAAAAAAAAAGAACACAAAAACAUCGGAUAGAAUGUCAAGUCAAAAGCAAGAAAAGAAAAAAAAA